AUGUCCAACAACAUGGCCAAGAUUGCAGAUGCGAGAAAGACGGUUGAGCAAUUAAAGCUCGAGGUCAACAUAGAGAGGAUGAUGGUAUCCAAAGCAGCAGCAGAUCUGAUGGCCUAUUGCGAAACUCAUGCCAAAGAUGACCCCUUGGUGACCCCUGUUCCUUCCUCUGAGAACCCGUUUCGAGAGAAGAAAAUUUUCUGUGAGAUACUCUAA